AUGUCGUUCGCCCAACCCGUCCCCGCCGCCUCUAGCACCGACGCGGCUCCUUCUCAACCUGCCGUUCCCGCCUCUCUCGUCCCCCACGUCCCUUCGACCACCUCGUCUGCGCUUCCUCCCCGAGCCCAGGCUGCGGGGAGCGUAACCCUGCCGGCCUCUUCGAGGGGCUUCGACUCUGACGACCAAGGCCUGAUGAACGCGGCUCUCAAGAAGGGAGAGUUGGUCGAAGAGUGGAAAGAGGGACAGGACGAGCCGGACAUGGUGCUCGAGCUGGCGGACGGUCUGGCUCUGAGCGGAACGAGCUUUGGCGCGGAGGGAAAGAGCAUCUCGGGAGAGUGUGUGUUUCAGACCGGAAUGGUCGGAUACCCUGAAUCCUUGACGGACCCUUCGUAUUCGUCUCAAAUCCUCAUCCUCACCUACCCCCUGAUCGGCAACUAUGGUGUUCCCGCUCGUCCCUCUCCCAACGAGGCGAGCAGCACCACCGACAUUCCCGUCACUGCCGAUGCUCACAACGUUCCUCCCACUUCCGACCUGCUCGACUCGCUUCCCGCCGAAUUCGAGAGCUCGCACAUCCACGUCUCGGCGUUGAUCGUGGCCAACUACCACCCUAGCUACUCGCACCACCUGGCGCAGAGCAGUCUGGGCAAGUGGUUGAAGGAGCAGGGCGUACCUGCCAUGUGGGGUGUGGACACGAGGAUGUUGACCAAGAGGUUGAGGCAAGGUGGAUCCAUCCUCGGAAGGGUGCUCGCCAGGAAGGACGGCAUCAACCUCGGCGUCGCUGCCGGACUCACCAAGGAGUCGAGCGAGGGUGCCAAUUCGACUGGAGGAGUGCUCUCCAACGUCCAAAAGUUGUUGGGCGUCAACACUGGCAACUCUGCCGAAGCGCCUACUAACUGGAGGGAGCAGUACCACGUCGUCCCCUUUGCGGACCCCAAUGCUGAGAACCUCGUGGCCAAGGUCUCCACCCGACAACCCGUCACCUACACCCCCAAGCCCACCUCGGAGCGUUCCGUCGUCCAGCACCCUACGGCCGGUCGACCUAUCCGGGUCAUCGCCGUGGACGUCGGGAUGAAGUGGAACCAGAUCAGGUGUUUCCGAAACCGAGGUGUCGAAGUCAAGGUCGUACCCUGGGACUACGAUUUCAACACGCUCGAAAAGGAAGGCUCGUUCGACGGUCUGUUCGUCUCGAACGGUCCCGGUGACCCUUCCAUGGUCGGUGCCACCGUCGACAACUUGCGCAAGAUGAUGGACAGCGCCAAGGUGCCCAUCUUUGGUAUCUGUCUCGGUCACCAGCUCCUCGCUCUCGCCUCGGGAGCCAAGACGAGCAAGAUGAAGUACGGAAACCGAGGGAUGAACUUGCCCUGUACUUGUUCGACUAGCGGGAGGUGUUACAUCACCUCGCAGAACCACGGGUACCAGGUCGACGUCGAGACCCUCAAGGAAGGAUGGGAAGCCUUGUUCACCAACGCCAACGACGGGUCCAACGAGGGAAUCUGGAUGGGACGAGAGGGCAAGCCCUACUUUUCGGUUCAGUUCCACCCAGAGUCUGCGCCCGGACCCAGGGAUACCGAGUUCCUGUUCGACGUGUUCAUCAACAACAUGGUCGAGUCUGCCAAAGCUGGCAAGCUGGUCCCGAUGAUCAUGCCCGGUGGAGAGCUCGUCGACAACGCCGCCAAGUACCCGAGGGAGAACGUGAAAAAGGUCCUCGUCCUCGGAUCCGGUGGAUUGUCGAUCGGUCAAGCCGGAGAGUUUGACUACUCCGGUAGUCAGGCAAUCAAGGCGUUGAAGGAGGAAGGGAUCUACACCAUCCUCGUCAACCCCAACAUUGCUACCAUCCAGACCAGCAAGGGUUUGGCGGACAAGGUCUACUUUUUGCCCGUCACCCCCGAGUUUGUUCGCAAGAUCAUCAAGCACGAAAAGCCCGAUGGUAUCUACGUCACUUUCGGUGGACAGACCGCGCUUAACGUCGGUAUCAAGCUCAAGGACGAGUUUGCCAGGUUGGGAGUCAAGGUGCUCGGAACCCCGAUCGAUACGAUCAUCAUGACCGAGGACCGAGAGCUGUUCGCCAACGCCAUGGCCGAGAUUGGAGAAAAGUGCGCCGAGUCUGCUACCGCCACGAGCAUCGACGAGGCCAUCGUUGCGGCCAACAACAUCGGAUAUCCGGUCAUCGUUCGUGCCGCCUACGCGCUCGGUGGAUUGGGUUCAGGGUUUGCCAAGAACGACGAUCAGCUCGUCGCGCUGUGUGACAAGGCGUUUGCCACCUCUCCCCAGGUCCUCGUCGAGAGGAGUAUGAAGGGUUGGAAAGAGGUCGAGUACGAGGUCGUCCGUGAUUCGAGGGACAACUGUAUCACCGUCUGUAACAUGGAGAACUUUGACCCUCUGGGUAUCCACACUGGAGACUCGAUCGUCGUCGCACCGUCGCAGACCUUGUCCGACGCCGACUACAACAUGCUCCGUACCACCGCCGUCAACGUCAUCCGCCACUUGGGAGUCAUCGGAGAGUGCAACAUUCAAUACGCCCUCAACCCUUACUCUCAGGAAUACUGUAUCAUCGAGGUCAAUGCCCGUCUUUCGCGUUCGUCCGCCCUCGCUUCCAAGGCUACCGGUUACCCUCUCGCUUUCAUCGCCGCCAAGUUGGGUCUGAACAUUCCGCUCAACGAGAUCAAGAACUCGGUCACCAAGGAGACGAGCGCUUGUUUCGAACCCAGCUUAGACUAUGUCGUCGUCAAGAUUCCCAGGUGGGACUUGAAGAAGUUUACCAGGGUCAACCCGGCGCUCAGCAGUUCGAUGAAGUCGGUCGGAGAGGUUAUGAGCAUCGGUAGGACGUUCGAGGAGACGAUCCAGAAGGCCAUCAGGUGUAUCGACGACUCGUUCCCUGGAUUUGGAGACAACAACCUGGUCGAGGAUAUCGACACAGAGAUUGCCAACCCUACCGACAAGCGAUUGUUCGCCCUGGCUACCGCCUUGCACCGUGGUUACUCGGUCGAAAAGCUGAACGAGAUGUCCUCGAUCGACCCCUGGUUCUUGACUCGUCUCCAGCGACUCGUCCAGAUGGAAAAGGCCAUGGGCAAGCUCUCGGCUUCGACCAUCCCCUCGGGCAUGUUGCGACACGCCAAGCAGCUCGGAUUCUCGGACAGGCAGAUCGCCAAGGCCGUCUCGUCCAACGAGCUUGCCGUUCGUCGUCUCCGUCUCGAAGCCGGUAUCUCGCCGUUCGUCAAACAGAUCGACACGGUCGCCGCCGAAUUCCCUUGUCACACCAACUACCUCUACAACACGUACAACGCUAGCGAGCAUGACAUCACCUUUGACGACCACGGUGUCAUCGUGCUCGGUUCGGGUGUCUACCGAAUCGGUUCCUCGGUCGAAUUCGACUGGUGUGCCGUUCGAGCCAUCCGAACCUUGCGGGCCAACGGAAGGAAGACGGUCAUGAUUAACUACAACCCCGAGACCGUCAGUACCGAUUACGACGAGGCCGACCGUCUCUACUUUGAGACCAUCAGCUUGGAGACCGUUCUCGAUAUUUACGAUAUCGAGCAAUCGUCCGGAGUCAUCUUGUCCAUGGGAGGUCAGACCCCCAACAACAUCGCUUUGCCCUUGCACCGUCAGAACGUCAAGAUCUACGGUACUUCGCCCGAACUGAUCGACACCGCCGAGAACCGUUACAAGUUUUCGCGAAUGCUCGACAAGAUCGGAGUCGACCAGCCCCUGUGGAAGGAGUUGACCAGCUUCGAAGAGGCCCGUGGCUUCUGUGACAAGGUCGGUUAUCCCGUGCUCGUCAGGCCGUCGUACGUCUUGUCCGGAGCCGCCAUGAACGUCGUCUUUUCGCAAGACGAUCUCGCCGCGUACCUCUUGCAAGCUGCCGACGUUUCCCGAGACCACCCUGUCGUCAUCACCAAGUACAUCGAAGAGGCCAAGGAGAUCGAGAUGGACGCCGUUGCCAAGGACGGAAAGAUGGUUAUGCACUACAUCUCGGAGCACGUCGAGAAUGCUGGUGUUCACUCUGGUGACGCCACUUUGAUCUUGCCGCCUCAAGAUCUCGACCCCGAGACCAUCCGCAAGAUCGAGAUUGCCACUCAAAAGAUCGGUCAAGCGCUCAACGUCACCGGACCUUACAACAUCCAGUUCAUCGCCAAGAACAACGAGAUCAAGGUCAUCGAAUGCAACUUGCGUGCCGCUCGAUCGUUCCCCUUUGUCUCGAAGGUCACCGGGAUUGACGCGAUCGAGAUGGCUACCAAGGUCAUGCUCGACAUUCCCGUCCGAGCGUACCCCGAGUUGAAGAUGCCUCCCAACUAUGUCGGUGUCAAGGUGCCUCAGUUCUCCUUUAGCCGAUUGUCGGGCGCCGACCCCGUCCUCGGAGUCGAGAUGGCUUCUACCGGAGAAGUCGCUUGUUUCGGCAAAGACAAGUACGAGGCCUACCUCAAGGCUUUGAUCUCCACCGGAAUCUUCCCUCCCAAGAAGAACAUUUUGCUCUCGAUCGGUUCCUUCAAGGAAAAGCUCGAGAUGCUGUCCUCGGUCCAGAAGCUGCACAGGAUGGGUUACAACCUGUUUGCCACCUCGGGUACUGCCGAUUUCAUUCAGGAGCACGGCAUUCCCGUCAAGUACCUUGAAGCCUUGCAAGACAACGACGAGGAGGACCCUCAGAAGACCGAGUACUCGUUGACCAAGCACUUGGCACAGAACCUGAUCGACGUCUACAUCAACUUGCCUUCCAAGAACCGAUACCGACGACCCGCUUCGUACGUGUCCAAGGGAUACAAGUCGCGUCGUAUGGCCGUCGACUUUGCGAUCCCCUUGAUCACCAACGUCAAGAACGCCAAGUUGUUCAUCGAGGCCGUCAUCAGGAAGCCUGCCUUUGACAUUUCGAGCGUCGACUUCAAGACCUCGCACGAGACUCACACCUUCCCCGGUCUCGUCAACGUGCAGGCGUUCGUGCCCGGUAUCGCCGCCAGCGGCUCGGACGACUUUAACCAGGUCUCGCAAGCCUCGGUUCGAGGCGGUUUCACGACCGUGCACAUGUCCGGUCAAGGCUCUGGCAGCUCCAUCGAGGACGAGAUUUCGCUCCAGGUCGCUCAGGCCAACGCUUCAGGUGCCGCUCACUGCGACUACUUCUUCUCGGUCGCUGCAUCUGCCGACAACGCCACCAGGAUCGGUACCGAUGCCGUCCUGAACGGAAGCAAGGCUUUGUACAUUCCCUUCAACGAGUUUAGCCCUGCCAACAAGGUCGCCAGCAUCGCUGGUCACUUUGCUGCCUGGCCCACCGAGCGACCCAUCAUCACCGACGCAAAGACCACCGACCUCGCCUCGAUCUUGUUGUUGGCCAGCUUGAACGGACGCAGCAUUCACGUGACCAACGUCGCCACCCGCGACGACAUCAGCCUCAUCGUCCUCGCCAAGGAGAAGGGCUUGAAGGUUACUUGCGAUGUCGCCGUCUACUCGCUGUUCUUCACCAAGGAGCAAUUCCCCGGAAGCACUUGUCUGCCUACCGCCGAAGAGCAAAAGGUGUUCUGGGACCACAUCGACGCCAUCGACAUGCUUUCGGUCGGAUCUAUCCCUUACCAGCUCGCCAAGGAGCUCGGACACGCGCCCUCAAUCACCGCCGGUAUCGAGGAGACUCUUCCGCUCUUGCUCGGUGCCGUUGCCGAGGGUAGGUUGACCUUGGACGACAUCAGCGCCAAGCUGUACGAGAACCCCAGGGCCAUUUACGAGCUGCCCGAGCAGACCCAGACCUACGUCGAGGUCGAGAUCUCGCGCUCGUCUGCCUUCCAGUCGAACUCGGGCUGGUCACCGCUCGCUGGAAAGAACGUUGCCGGUGCCGUUCACCGAGUCGUUACUUACGGCUCGUCCGUCUUCCUUGACGGUCGGUCGAGCAGCAUGCCUUUGGGCCGAGACAUUUCCAGCUCCAUCGGUCGAACUAUCGCUCCCAGGGCGUCUCGAAGCUCCUUCAGCCGGGCCCGAUCAUCGAUCAGUGGUGUUGCUGGAUUCGGUUCCCCUGCGCCCGGUCCGCGAAGCCCCACGUUCGACAGUGCGCCCGCCAACCUCAUGUCUCUCUCAUCGGUACCCGGUGUCGAGUCUAGCGAGCAGCGUCGCACUCGGGAGAUUUCUCCCGUCCGACCUUUCGCUGGUCUCCAGGCUCACCCCGCUUUCGCUAGGAGGCAUAUCCUCUCGGUCAAGCAGUUUGCUCGGGAGGACUUGCACUACCUCUUCAGCAUCGCUUCCGAGAUGAGGACCCAGGUGGAGCGAAGCGGAUCCGUCAACACCUUGCAGGGCCGAGUCCUGGCCACCUUGUUCUACGAGAACUCGACCAGGACCUCGACCUCGUUCGAAGCCGCCAUGAAGCGAUGUGGUGGUGAGGUGACCCAGGUCGCCGCCGACCGCUCUUCGGUCACCAAGGGAGAGUCCCUGGGCGACACCAUCAGGACUCUGGGAUGUUACGCGGACGCCAUCGUCAUCAGGCACCCCGAAGUCGGAAGCUCGCAAACGGCUGCCAAGUUCUCGCCCGUUCCCAUUGUCAACGCUGGUGACGGUAUCGGCGAGCACCCUACGCAGAGCUUGCUCGACGUCUUCUGUAUCCGAGAAGAGUUGGGUUCCGUCAACGGGAUCACCGUCACCCUGAUCGGUGACUUGAAGAACGGCAGGACCGUCCACAGCUUGGUCAAGCUCUUGUCGCUCUACUCGGUCACAUUGAACUUUGUGUCGCCUCCUUCGCUCGCGAUGCCCGAGUCUGUCAAGGCCGAGGCCACCAAGGCUGGUGUUCAGUGGAACGAGUACGUCAACCUCGACGAGGUCGUCGGAAAGAGCGACGUCUUGUACGUCACCCGGGUGCAGAAGGAGCGAUUUGCCAACGAGAACGAGUACGAUGCUGUCAAGGACAUGUACAUUAUCGACAACGACUUGUUGCAACGCGCCAAGCCCACCACCAUCGUGAUGCACCCUCUGCCCAGGAACAACGAAAUCGACCCCGCUGUCGACUUUGAUGUCAAGCGUGCUGCCUACUUCCGUCAGAUGCGAUACGGUCUUUUCAUCCGCAUGGCCCUAUUGACCCUGAUCCUUGCACCCGGCACCUUGAACCCUGCUGCCUAG